AGGGCUGGUCCCGCGUCAGCCCCGUCGUAUCAAAGUGUCACAUGAUCGUUGGAAAACAGGAAGAAGAAACUGUCACGUGGGAAUAACAUGACAGAGAGUGAGCUAAAAAUUGCAUCCUUCACUAUAUGUUUGGCAUGUGAGACUAGUCCCAGUCAUCCUCAGGGACGUAACCAGCAGCAUGAGUGUACGAGCACUAUGGGUUGUCUCACACGAGAAGGGUGAAUCUGGAAAAGUGAGGUUUUCUAGGCGAUUCCCAACAGUUGAGUUCCGUGCCAAAUCCUUGGCUGGAACUCAGUAUGUGGCCGUUCCGGAGGACCGCGUCAUACCCCAGCUGCUGCUGACAGAGCUGGGCCUGGUGGAUCCUGACAAAUCUUAUGUCGAAGCACGGGACGACUGCGCCCGUCAGCACCGCUCUCCGGCUGUGGAGCUCCGCCUGGAUGGCCCGGGUGGGAGAACCCUCUGGCCCGUGCUCACAGUCACUCAGGGGGUGUUAAUCCUAGCCUGCCUUCCUCUAGUGGAAGCACCUCCUGUGCCUCGGCCACCUCUCCCCAGCCUGGCCUCAGUCUCUCAGGGCUUAGCGCUUUUGUCAGGCCUGCAGGAUUUCCUUUGUGGCCCUGGAGGUAAACCAGAGUCUGAUGUGCUGGCCUCCCGUUUGGCUGCUCUUCCCUCUGUGCUCCUGCAGGUUUGCCCUUUGGGGAGGCCACUGGACACCCCUCCUCCUGCUGGAUCAGUGCCUGCCUCUGUGGCUCCAAGCCCAGGGGGGGCUCAAAAGCAGCCAGCCUGGAAGGCAGGGGUCCACCGAGGCAGGGCUGUAGUAAGUGUGGCCCUCACUGAGAAGGUGAGGUCCAUGCAGUACAGCAAGAAUAGUCAACAAGACAUCUGGGAUGUGUACGGCAUGGUCAUGUGCAAAUGUGAGGUUGAAGGUGUUCUGCCCAAUGUGAUCGUCACCCUCACACUCCCACACAACGGCUCGCCCCUGCAGGACAUUCUUGUCCAUCCCUGUGUGACGUCUCUGGAUGCAAGCCUUCUUACCGCCUGCAGUGUGGACGAGAAUGACGGUUCCGCCUUUUCAGGGCCAUACAAGUUCCCUUUCUCACCACCUCUGGAGCUUUUCAGACUCUGUAGUUACACCUCACAGGUACCUGUGCCACCAAUUCUUGGCUCCUACAAGCUGAAGGCAGAGGAGAAUCAUUUGAAGGUCAACGUCGUCUUGAAGCUCCAUGAAAGUGUCAAAAACAGCUUUGAGUACUGCGACGCACACAUUCCAUUUUUCAACCAGAAUCUAAUGGGAAGUGUGGAGGUCAAAGUGAGCUCAGGACAGCUUGAGGUGUCUAAAGAGAAGAACCUACUGGUUUGGGUCCUUGGUCAGAAGUUUCCAAAGUCCCGUGAAGCAACGCUGGAGGGAACUGUUCAUUUUUCAGGGACUGUUGCUGGACCGACUGACCCUCUGUGCUCAGGACUCACCGCUUAUGCAAAACUUCAUUUUCGUGUGCCAGAUUUGACUUUGUCUGGUUGCUGUGUGGACCAACACUCAGUGCAGGUUUACUCAUCCGCCAAACCACGUAUUGUCACAACACGAGAGCUGGUCUCCUCCGAAUAUUACAUCUGGAACUCCACAGGUGACACCCCAGUGUCCUCUGGACUCAUGGUGCUGUGACAGCAUCUCAUCGAUGCACACCCACCUUAAGAAAUCAUUGUAGAUAUUUAACAAAUAUAAGGCACUAAAUGAUAAUAUGUACGCCAAUGUUGCCUCUGACAAAUGUCGCUGUCAGUGAUACAUAUUACAUUUACAGUGCGACUUUCGUAUACAGUAUAGUUUUUCUAAUCUGUCAAAACAUUAAAUACUCAGCGUCUAA